AUGUUUCUCAUUAAUAAAUCAACAAAUUUUGUACAAAGCUUGAAACUGAUACUUUGCGACUUCGACCCUAUUUCUACACAAACAACUAUAGAGAAAUAUUUCCAGAAAGAGAUUUUCAUUCAUCCUCUUCAUGUUGUUGAUGAAACUUUAAUUCAGUCGCCAAGAAGAAAAAGAAAAGAAAAGUCACAAAAGAAGCUGACGAUGUUAAAGCAUCUUAAGAACUGA